UAUUCCCUUCAGAGUCUUGACCGGUGGAUACCCCAGCCACCACUCCUAUUACUAGCCACUUGCUAUUGUAAUUUUUGUUCCAGUUUUCCAAUCGAAGAAAAAAUGAAUUCAUUCAACAUUGUGAUUCUCUUCUCCAUUUUGGUCAUUUGCAUUGCAGCGGAAGAUGUCGAUCCGUGCUGCUCUUAUCCGUGCCAGAAUCAAGGCGUCUGCAUGUCCGUCAACAGCCACAAGGAUUUCACCUGCGACUGCACCGGACUGGAAUAUUACGGCAAAACCUGCGAAAUUCCUAUUGUGAGCCGGAGAAUCAAGAAUUGGUUGCGUCCGUCUUUGACGACGAUGCACAAAGUGUACACGGGCUGGCCGUGGCUGUGGAAAUUGGUCAACAACGUGCCGUUCCUCCACCGAGCGGCCAUGCGCUACGUUUACCUGAGCCGCGGGGCGGCCAUCCAGUCACCGCCGCGCUUCAACAGCGGACACGAUUACAUCACGACCGAAUCGCAUUUCAACACUUCCUACUACGCCCGCAGCUUGCCACCCGUCCCCCAACAUUGCCCUACUCCCAUGGGCGUCGCCGGCCAUCGGGAAUUGCCGGACAUUGACGAGCUGGCCGAACGUUUCUUCAAGAGGAAGGAAUUCAUUGCCGAGCCUCACGGCACCAACAUCCUGUUCGCCUAUUACGCCCAGCACUUUUCCCAUCAAUUCUUCAGGACGGACAGGGCCAGAGGGCCGGCCUUCACCAAAGGAAACGACGGCGUCGACGUCUCCCACAUUUACGGACUGGACAAGGGGACGCAGGACGCCCUGCGCUCCUUCCAACUGGGCAAAAUGAAGGUCAGGAUCGACGCCGACGGCCAGCAGUUCCCGCCGCUGCUCCGCGACGCUCCCUCCGUCCACAUGAUCUACCCGCCGCACACGCCCGAAGAGGAGAAAGUGGCCCUGGGCCACGCCCUCUUCAGCAUGCAGCCGGGCCUCUUUGUCAUGGCCACCGUUUGGCUGCGGGAGCACAACCGACUCUGCGACGUCCUGGCCGUCGAGCAUCCCGACUGGAACGACGAGCGCCUCUACCAGACGGCCAAACUCAUCGUGCUGGCCCAGAAUUUGAAGAUCACCAUCGAGGAGUACGUGCAACACCUGAGCCAAUACAAAGUGAAAUUGAGUUACGAUCCAGAGCUGCUCAGGGACGAACCUCAAUUUCAAUUCUCCAAUCGCAUCCACGUCGAAUUCGCCCAUCUGUACCACUGGCAUCCCAUGGCGCCCGAGGCCAUCACCCUGGGCAACAACACCUACACCCUGGAACAGAUGAGCUUCUCGACCAAAACAGUGGCCAAACACGGAUUCGCUUCUUUUGUCCAGGCCAUCGCCACCCAGCCGGCCGGAGCUUUGAGGCAUCAGAAUCAUGGGCCGAUGUUGCUGGACCAGUUCAAAGACGUGGUCCGCCAGGGCCGUCAGUUGCGUCUGCAGAGUUUCAACAAUUACCGGCAACUUUUCGGCAUGCCAAAGUACACGAGUUUCAUGGAAUUGACGGGCGGCGACGUCGAUCUGUCCCGCCAGUUGGACAAACUUUACGGAGACAUUGACGCGUUGGAAUUCUACCCGGGCAUGUUGCUGGAAAAAUCCGACUCGUCCGUCACGCCCUUCACGAUGGUCAACAUUGGCGGACCGUACGCCGUCAAGGGAAUGAUGGCCAAUCCCAUUUCCAGUCCGCAUUAUUGGAAGCCCAGCACAUUCGGCGGGCCGGUCGGUUUCGACAUUGUCAAAUCGACGACCAUCAAGGACUUGUUUUGCCGCAACAUGAAGCCGGGCGAGUGCGGUCACAUUGCCUUCCAUUUACCAGCGGCAGAAGGCCAGUCUCAACAACAACAAUCCAACAGUGCGGAAUUAUCCGCUUCUUCUGGGUCGUCUGGAAUUGUUUUAGAACCUUCGCCCGUCCCGAAUUACUCGACUCUGCCGGGCGACAACCAUUCGUCACUGAUGGGCAGUAAAACUUUUUCGCCUCCGGCCGGAAUGACGAGCACUCCGCAUUACGCCACCAAUUACCGUCGUGCGUUGACGGUCGACGAUUUGGAUUUUAUCGAGUGCCAACCGCCAUCGGCCGCCCAGUGGUCCAGCAGACAUAACAAUUAUUGCCGUUUGAGAGAGGCUCAUCCCAUAUGAAUAUUAUGAGAGGGGGGGAGAAAACAACUUUAUCGUGUUAUCUCAGCAAUCGAGUCAAAACUAUUUAGGAUUUUAUAUCGAAUUUUUUAAAAAGGAAUGUGUUUGUAUUUUAUGAUUGAGCCGGGCGCAUUUUUGAUUGAACUCUCAGACUGUGAUUCUCUAUUGAUUAGUGUUGCACUGUGUAUUUAUAAUGUUAUUCAAUAUUUUGUGUAUUUAUUUUAUAUUCUACGGUGAUGACAUAAUUAUUUGUACUCUUGUUUGAAAUUGUACUCUAAUAAAAUAAUGACGUCACUUGAUUAUA